AUUACUUAUACUUGACAAUAAAAUAUCAUUUUUAUUUAGCUUUAAAUUUGUUUUGUAACAUCCGAAUUUUCGGAUUAUUAUUAUUAUUUUUCCGUCUGAAUAUAAACGGGUUUCACUUCGAAUUGAUAAAGUGCCCACUACAGAGGCAUGCGCUCGGCCUUGUGAUAAUUUUGCCAUCUUUCGUCCCGUUUUGUAAACAUUUUGUCAAUAAGGGAUCAAAAUUUGAUAGAGGAAAUUUUCCGAUUUUUCACUAGUUCGUGGAAAGCGGAUUUUGUUAAAGGAGAGGAGAAGAAUCGACGUAGAAAUACUUUGAAGAAAGAGGAAAACGACUUGAGACUCGAUGGCUGACAACGAGCAAAAGGCUCAGCAGUUGAUAGCUGAGGCGGAGAAAAAACUGACAGGCAACAAAGGCUUCUUCGGUUCCUUAUUCGGAGGUGGCUCGUCUAAGGUUGAUGAAGCGAUUGAAUGCUACACAAGGGCUGCGAAUAUGUUCAAAAUGGCCAAGAAGUGGGGAAAUGCCGGGAGUGCCUUCUGUGAAGCGGCUUCACUCCAUGCCAAAGUUGGCUCGAAGCAUGAUGCCGCUUCUAAUUUGGUUGACGCUGCGAACUGUUUCAAGAAAUCAGACCCUAACGAGGGUGUAAAUUGCCUUUUAAAAGCUAUUGAAAUAUACACUGACAUGGGGAGAUUCUCAAUGGCUGCGAAAUACCACCAAACCAUCGCCGAAAUGUAUGAAACGGAGGCGGUUGAUUUAGAAAGAGCCGUACAACAUUACGAGCAGGCAGCAGAUUAUUUCAAAGGAGAAGAAAGUAACUCAUCUGCUAAUAAAUGUAUGCUUAAAGUGGCUCAGUACGCCGCUCAACUCGAAAAUUAUGACAAAGCAAUUAGCAUCUAUGAGGGCGUUGCAGCGACAUCUCUAGAUAAUUCAUUGUUGAAAUAUAGCACGAAGGAUUAUUUCUUUAAAGCUGCCCUUUGCCAUUUAUGCGUUGACGUUCUUAAUGCUCAACAAGCAAUGGAGAGAUACGCAGAUCUCUAUCCAGCAUUUCAAGAUUCAAGAGAGUAUAAACUUUUGAAGGUUUUGAUCGAUCAUAUCGAAGAGCAGAAUGCAGACGGUUUUACCGAAGCAGUUAAAGAUUACGAUUCAAUAUCAAGACUUGACCAGUGGUAUACAACAAUACUUUUACGUAUCAAAAAACAAGUUAACGACAACCCUGACCUGCGUUAAAUUUGUAAAAAAAAACAUCUAUAUUGAUUCCAUUUCUUCCUUUAUCUUGCAAUGUCAUUUCAUUAAGAAAUGACAAACUUAUAAUAUACAGAUGCAGCAGACAAAAUUAAAAAAAAAAAUUGUUUAUUAAAUGCAUGCAAAUUAGUUUGUAGGUUGAAAUAUGAGGCACAUUUUUUGUUCAAGUCUAAUCGUGACUGCUCUCCUCCCCUGAACAACAAUAAAUUGCUUCUAUUUUUUAAUUUGCUUUAAAAAAAAAGUUUUUUUAUUACAGUUACUCAAUCCUUUAUCAAUUUUGAAAGUUGUUAAAUCUUAAAUCAGAAUAGAUUUAAGAUAGUUAUUGUAUGAGUGGUAUUUAUCAAAUACUAACAAUAAUUGUUAAUAGUGUGAAAUAUAUGUAGUAGAUGAAUAAAUUGAUAAACACUUAAGUUAACAAAAUUUAAUGAGGAUUCAAGAAAGGAGCACAUUAACACGAGUUGGCAUUUUGUGUAAUUGUAAUAUUGCUAGUUGUUAUUGCUGUUUUAAGGCAAUUUAAUAAUUUAAUAUUAUGUUUGUCAAAUAAUAACAAGUUCACAUUCCGCUCUUUGGACAUUUUAUUUUGUUUUUAAUAAUCGAUAUUUUAUUGUUAAAUUUUGUUAUUUGGGGAUGGUUCCAAAUUGAUAAUAAUAAUUAAGGCAUUUGAUAAUUAAUCUGCACCUUCAUGGGGCAAAAAAUCGCACGUAUAGUUCACAUUAUAAAACUUUAGUUCAAUUAAAUAUAAACAAUUAUAUAUAGAAAAG